AUGGAGAUACCAAAUAUAACAUCACUGACGUUGGAUCUCAGACUCUCUACCGAUACACAUUUGCUCGAUGAGUUGAAUGAGGUGAUCGAGAAGUUGAGGAUCAAGAAUAGUUCAAUGAGAGUGGAGUGUCGCAACCUCCUAUAUUCCAUGCUUCCAUCGGUCUACAAUCAUCACAUCAACAGUCUUCAUGUCUACUUCCCAGAACAUCAACAUCUACACACGGACACUGCCAUUAAGAUACUGAAUACUGUGAACUCUUCAAAAGCAUCGCCACAAGACAACAUCUUCCCCAACACACUGACCAGUCUAUUGAUCAGAGGUGCAUACCGAGGCAUACUUGAACAAGGACUACCUCCACAUCUCUAUACACUCGACCUUGGAAGGAUCUACAGCGUAUCCCUGGAUGCACUUCCACCAACUCUCACUGACCUCACUCUUGGGGAACCAUUACACAAUUUGGAUCAGUGCCAUACAUCAAUCUGA